AUGUAGCCACAAUAAUUUUUAGACUUAGUGCAAUGUGCAUUCUUUGACAGCAACAAUUAGCGUGGAUAGGCUGAACAAGUACUCCUGAAGUAUAAGGAUGAAUGCACAGAUGAAUUUCUUGUGUAUUGUGCAUCUGCAUUUGCUAAUCGGUCAAUUCAGAAUCGUCUUCGUAUAGCUUGCAGUACCUUAGUGAAACGAUUAGUCGGUUUAGUUGUAAUUGUUUCUAGUUAAUCAAUUUAAGCAUCCAUCUAACCAGAUCAUGUGGUUAGCUUGUUCUCAAAACACUAAAAAUGAAGUAAAAAUUAAGUUCAUGGACCAAUUAAUAGAUCCUGAACACGAGAUUAGAAGAUCAGCUGCUAAUGUAAUAAAUCAAUUGUAUAUACUAGACUAUCAGUGAAAUAUGUGCUAUUGAGUUGCCACGCUAAGAGUGGCCAGAUCUAAUAUCAAGAUUGACAACCAACUCGAAACACAGUAAUGUCUUAGUGAAGGUGUCAGCUAUCAUGACUUUGGGAUACAUAUGUGAAUCUCUGGUAUGUAGAUGAAUUAUAGAUAGAAAAACCAUCAAUCUUCAGGUAUUUCAGAACAAGAUGCGAAAGUGAUUUUGAUGGGAAUAUGUGUUGGUAUGGAUACGAAUGAGUAGAAUCUGGAGAUUAGAAUCACAGCAAUCAAAGCACUAUAAGAUUCACUUUACUUCAUGAAUAAUCUAUUCACUCAACAAGUAAGAUUACGAUAAUCAUAUUCUAGGAAAUAUUUACUUUUGUUAAAAAUUUAAUAUUAUAAAAUGCCAUAUCAAACAUAUAGGAGAUUAAACUAAAAGCUCUACAAUGUCUAAUUGAUUAUGUUAAACAGUUGUUUGCAUUCCUCCCAGUAUUUAUUACAGAUCUCUUUUAAACCACUUAAACCGCCUUUGAAAAUCAAGGAGAGAUCACUAUUGCAGCAAUAGAAAUUUGGAAUACAAUUUGUGCUGAAAUCAAAGAAACAAUUUCUGAGAACACCAAUCAACAAACACCAGAAACCAAUUCAGUUGAUUGUUGUGUUUCAUUUUUUAAGAAAAACUAUGAAGGAUUUAUUAUUCCCUUUAUGCGAAAUCUAUUAUUGGAUGAUGGAGAUGCUGAUGAUGAGUAUCAAUAAUUGUCAGUCCCUAAUUCCUCAAGUAAAGGUUUAGCAUAUAUCAUUGAAUUCGCUGGAUCCAAUACCUAUGAUUCUGUUAAAAACUUUAUCCAAAAUACUAUAAGUCAUCAAUAAUGGGAAUACAGAAAAGCAAGUGUCAUGGCAUUUGGAGCUCUAGCUGAAGUGUAAACUGAAGAGAUUGGUCUAUUGAUUAAAUCAGCCUUAACUAGUUUAUUUGGGUGUCUUGUAGAUUAAAAUUUCAAAGUAAAAAAAGCAACUACUCAAACUCUUAGUAGAAUUGCCGAGAAUUAUCCGUAAUGCUUUCAUGAACAUGAUUAAGCUAAUCAGAUGCUUGCUACUCUCCUUGAUUAAUUAUCCAAUAAGGUUUCUAUUGUACAAAAUUUGGUGUGGGUGUUUGUUUACCUAACUGAAGGAUUAACUAAUUUUUAGAAUAGUGUCUUUACUAGAGAGAAAUUCACUAUUCUCUAACAUCUAGCCAGUACAUCAGUUAGAUCAGACAUCAAAAAUUAGGAGAUUUCACUCAUUGAUACUGCAUUUAUGGCAAUCUUAAAUAUCAUUUACAGUGUGACUGAAACCAAGUUAUGUAAUGAUUACUUAUAGCAAUUUUAUCAAUAAAUUUAAUUACUAGAGGGUAGUAAUUAGGUGCCUGUAGAGAUCAAGUACCAUCUUGAAAUGGGAUUAAUGAGUGCCAUGCAUGGAUGUGUUGUAAGAUUAGAUGAUUCUACUACUCCUGAGAAACAAUUUGAAGACAUCAUGAAAACACUAUCCAAGGUGGAUUCUAGAGUUAAGAAUGACUACUUCUAUGUACUGUCUGGAAUCGCAUAUGCAUUCAAAAAGAAAUUGACUAAAUAUUCUACUUAAAUCAUAUCAGAAUUAAAUAAACCGCUCUCAGAACCGGAUGACAUGGAUAGUUUCAAAACUGCACUAUUUUGUUUAUCUGAUAUUGCCAGGGCCAUGGAGGAAGAAUUUGUUCCCUAUAUGAAUAUCUUGAUUUAUUUCUUUGGAUUAAUCAAGGUAUUGUAAUUAUCCUAUACUUUCAUUAGAAUGUUAGCUUUAAUAGAGAAUUGAAAAUAUAGGUUUACAAUGCAAUUGCAGACAUCAUUUUGGGCUUGAAGGAUAAGUCAGCUCCAUUCAUGAAUGAUCUCAAAGAAAUCCUUAAGUUAGGUUUUGCAGCUAGUAUAGAUUUAACUAAGAGCAAAUUGAGUGUCGAUCAAGAUUACGCUGAGAGAUUGAAGGAGACCAUGACUGCAUUCUAUACCUGUAUAUUACAUGCAUAUUGCGAUCCAAAAACUCCUAUUUUUGAAUUGGGAGACACAGUUUAAUGGUUUAUCAUAUUUUGUUAAGAAAUGUGCAACUUAAAAUUAAAACCCACCAUUGUACAUAUAUUAUUAUUUAUCAAUUUAGGAAUAUGUACGUCUGACUCUGUGCUGCAUAUUCGAUUGCUCUCAUUUCUUCUAAAAUAUACCUGAUAUGAAAUAGAAAAUCAAAGAAUUUAUUACCAGCGACUUUGUUAUCGAAUUAAUACGAAAACUGAGUUAGUUUAAUGAGAAAGAUUAUCAAGAUUGUGUAAGUUUUGCUCAACAAUUACUUAACGAUGUGUACGGUUACUAAUUGAGAUUAUAUUGA